GCUGUUUUUCUCUAUUCCAGAACUGUAGCAAGACCCUGGGAAGGGGGCGGAAUACUGGAACUGCACUUAAAAAACUUUUUGUAAUCGUCCUUUUCUUAGGCUAUAUGAAAUAUGCAUGUGCCAAACUCUUAAAACUGUCCACUUUUAGUUUAUAUGUAAGCUUUGUGCGUAGAGUUUUAGAUUAAUAUUUUUUUACAUCAAGACUUGAACUUGAGACUUGGUUGAACCCACAAAAGUACAGUUUCUGGUUUUGUUUACUGACCGACGUUUCCUCCUAUCUACCCGAAUGCCAUGAGGAUUGCAACCGAAGAGAUUUAUUUGCGCCGGGGAGACGGGGAGACGACACCGUUCGUGGAAUAAGUACAGUUUGCGUUUCUAUUUACCGAAGUUUAUGGAUAUUCUUUUUGGUUCCAAGCUACUUUAUAGUUAACUCGGUACGCUUCGUUCUGUAACCGUCUGACGUGGGGGACCGUAGAGGUCUGUAUGCACGAGCAGAGAUGGCCACGGAGUGCUCGGAAGCUCGUUGUACUACAGUAAACACAACGACUCAUGCUUUUGUGUAAACCAAAGCGUAGGUUACAGCGCUAUAAAUACAAAUCGCCACAUAUCACUCGCAGCUGGUCUGCGAGUAAAAAGACAGGAAGAGCUUAAACUUAAAGUUACCCAAAGACUAAACCUCAAACACUCAAGUUAUCCUUAAAAUUAUACAGCGCGUUUAAACUUUGUUGCCAGAUCUAUAUCCCGUUAUGGACUCAGGUGAAAGUUAACAAAGUGGUGGGCACUCAAGAGGAGCAGCUAUGUUCCAAGUGCUCCUACUGUAUUUUAAGGUACAUGCCAAAAGCACUUUUUAAAACUAUACACAACUCCCUCAAAGGCCUCCUAUCACAACACCAAUAACGUCAAAGGGAUUCAGGCUUAAACCUGACGGUGACUGUUGAAAAUGGUUGAGAACCGGUGUUCUGUGCAGAAGGAGGAGGUUUACCGCUGGUUCUCGGUCCUGAGCUCGUCUCAGAGAGCGGAGUUCCUCUGCGGCCUCCUGGACCUCUGCGUCCCCAUCGAGCUGCGUUUCCUGGGCUCCUGUCUGGAGGACCUGGCCCGAAAGGACUACAACUCCCUCCGCGACGCGGAGAUCAAAGCCAACAACCCCGCCGACCUCUCUGGUCUCACAAACGUCACGGACGAGGUGGUGAGGAGCAAACUCCUGGUGUCCCUGGCUCUGCUCGGCUCCGACAACCGCGAGGCGGCCGGGGUGCUGUUCCGGACGCUCACGCACAUCGACGCCGUCAUCAGUAACUACGGGCUGCAGCUGAACGACGGGCAGACGGAGCAGCAGUUCCUCCUGCUCUUCACCAUGGCCUCCAACCACCCCGCCUUCAGCUUCCAUCAGAAGCUGGUGCUCAGGCAGGAACUGAGCCACGUCCAGGAGAUGCUGCAGAGCAGCUGUGCUGGGGAGGCUCUGGGAGGAGGCGGGGGGACCGGAGGCCUGGCCUCUCCAACCCCCCUGCCCUGCCCCAUCCCUGCCGCCCCUCUCUGUCUGCUGAAGAAGGAACUCUGCCUCAAGAACCAGCAGCUAGGAGAGAUCCUGGCAGGCCCAGGCCCAGGCCCAGGGGCUGGUGAGGAGGCCAGACCAGGAGACCGGGAGGGGGGGCCAGAGCCUGUAUCUCUCCCCUCUUCAGUUCCACCUCCGCAGGCACUUGGCAUGCUGCACCUGGGAAAGACAGGCAGAGUGAAUGUAGAGAGGAUUGAGAUGAAAGGCGUCCACUACAAAACUGACAAACUCAGUGAAUAUGAGGUGAGCUGGUCCGACUCCUCCACAACCACGGUGGUGAGGAAGCACCAGGAACUGAUGGAUCUCCUCUCUCAGCUUUCCCAGGUGUGCCCAGAUGAAGGCCUGGACAAGCUCCUCCCCAAGUCACACUGGCCUGGACAAGCUCCUCCCAAGUCACCUUGCCUUGACUCGCCCCCGAAUUGGACAGGUAGACCCAAGUGGCUCACCUCCCUUCCACCUCACAUCCUCAAACACCAACAAGUCACACUCUUCUUCAGCUCGGCCCCCAGCGGCCCCCGGCCCCCGCGGGCCCCCCGUCCCCCGCGGGCCCCCCGGCCCCCGCGGGCCCCCCGUUCCCCCCUGGGCCCCCCGGCCCCCGCGGGCCCCCCGUCCCCCGCGGGCCCCCCGGCCACCCCUAACAAUCCGUUCACCCACAGUGCAAGUCUGGGCUCCCUGCUGCAAUACAGAGGGUCCAACAGGGCUGUGUGUGGAGUGGCCAGUAUCCAGCCAGUCAUGAGUGUCCACAGCUCCAUGCAGCCUCAUCCCCCUCCCCACCUGCCCCACCUCUGCCACCUGCCCCCUCACCUCCCCCCCCAGCUGCCCCCCCAGGGCCCCCUGGUGGGCCCCCACCCUGCAGGAGGAGAAACUGCAGUGCCCCCCCUUGGAUGUCUCCAAAGCGCCACCCUGGCCCCGCCCACCAGCCCGGAGCAGAGCGGCAUCUUGGACUGGCUACGGAAGCUCCGCCUCCAUAAGUACUACCCCGUCUUCAAGCAGCUGACCAUGGAGGAGUUCUUAGGUCUGACUGAAGAGGAUCUGAAUAAGUAUGACCUCACACAAGGAGCCAAGAAGAAGCUGAAAACCCAGCUGGAGCUGCAGAACAGGGAGAAAAUGGAGAAGAGGUACAUGGUGUCACAGUUUCCAGUGUCCUGUAGUGGAAUCGCCAGAGUAACCCCCUCCAGCCACAUCGGCCCCAUGGCACACCUGCAACCUGCCAACACAGAGUUGCGUGUGGAUGUAGACCCAGGGUCUUCCCUAAACAGAGACAGCAGCUCCUCUUCAGGGUACUCCAGCGCCCCCUGCAGUCCCCGAGAUGUGGUGUUUGACAGGCCCAAGGACACACACAGACGUAUGGAGUUGGGUCUGGACCUACCUGGAGCAGACAGGACUUGUGUCCUCCUCAGUCCCAGCCUCCCAGCCGGGUCCAGCAGACCCACAGCUCAGGUCCUCCCAGUCCAGAAUGACCCUACGUCCUGUCUCUCUCACCCCUCGCAGCCUCCCCCCUCCCUGCCCCUGGUCUCCCCAGCCCCAGGCUGGGUCCAGACAUCCCCACGGAAGCCCCGGCCCCCUCCCCUGGGGCCUGGGGUGAGGCUGGAGAGCCUGUUCUCAGGCCUGGGCGUGGACAGCCCCCCUCCUGGGCUCCAGGACCCCCAUGGCCCCAGAGGCCCGUCUGCACCCAGCUCCCUGUGCUCCCUUCCUGGGUUGGUGGUGGAGACCAGCACCUCCCUCACCUCCACCUCCAACACCCUCCACCAUGUGUCCCACCCUCCCCUCUCACUGCAGGUGUCCUCCUCCCUCCCACUUAGGACCACGGGACACUACCCCUACCCCACCUGCCCCUCAGUACCUUCUUCUUCCUCCUCCUCUUCCAUGUCAACUUUCCUGUCGGGCAGCGUGGCGUGUAGCAGCAACGGAAUUCCUGUGGCAACGGCGAGCAGUGUUCCCAUGGCAACGGUGGUGCCCGGACACACCUACAGCGUGACCAGCGUAGCGGCUGCGGUCCCGCCUAGCUCAAGCCCCUCCCCCCCAGAGGUCUGCUUCGCCCUUGCCCCUGGCUCCUCCCCCUCUUCCUCCUCCUCCUCCUCUUCCUCCGUCUGUGUGUGCAGCUCCUGUGGUUGCCGGGGGAACUGCGGUUCGUACGGGCCCCUCCCAGCCAACUACGCUGGCUACUUCCAGCACCCGUUCUCUGGGACGUCCGUGUUCACGCUGGGGCCCUUGUUCCACCUCAGCCCCCUCCUGGCCACCGCCAGUACUGCAGGAGCCUUCUCCUACCCUCUGGUGGCACCGCCUCUCUACAACAGCAGCAUGUCACAUGACCCACAGCAGCCGCAAGGCUUGGUCCUGCCACCCAUGCAGGGCUUUCUGGGGGGCGGGGGCAAUGUGUACCAGCCGCAUGGCAUGCUGGGUAACGGAGUCGGGCAAAAGCGUUCAGGGAACGCGUCGUGCUACAACUGCGGGGCAAGUGGUCAUCGAGCCCAGGAAUGCAAACAGCCUCCCAUGGAUUCACUACAGCAAGGGAUCUUCAGACUGAAGUACACCCCCCACGCUGACAGCCAGGACUCUGGAGACUAACGCAGCACACAUCAUGGGCCUAGAACAUGCAACCUCCUGGUACUUCACAGCACACAUCAUGGGCCUAGAACAUGCAACCUCCUGGUACUUCACAGCACACAUCAUGGGCCAAGAACAUGCAACCUCCUGGUACUUCACAGCACACAUCAUGGGCCUAGAACAUGCAACCUCCUGGUAC